AUGUCCCCCGUCGCACAAGGCUCUGCAAUCCCCAGCAAGGCCUUCGACACAGCCUCUCCUUCACUCGAUGAGAAGAAGGAGCAUGUUGCUGUAGAGGCUGUGAGGGAGCUUUCCUCGAGCGCGAGCUCCGACGCAGACACUGACGACGAUGAGGAGGACGUCCCAGACAUUCCCGCCCAUCUCGCCAUCUCUCUCAGCCAUGUGAGCCGCAACCUGAGCCGCAGGCUGAGCCAGACCAACUCUCGUGUCCCUGGAGGGGACGAGCUGGAGCCCUCCCAGAAGAAGCAGCAGGACAGACCCAAGGAGUUCAGCACUGUGACUGCUGAGAUCACAUUCAUCGCGGUGUGCUCCAUGUCCCUGAUGAUGUUCUCCUUCCUCAUCGGAAAUGUCACUGCCAACCAGCAGCAGUUCCGCGAUGCAUUGGGCCUCAAGAAUGCAGAGAUCCCAUGGAUCAACGGCGCCUUCACCACUGCCAACGGCUUGUCCGUGGUCAUCUCCGGAUCCAUCACCGAUCUCAUGCCCCCGAAGGGUCUACUUGUGGGCUCGUUCCUCGGCAUCACAAUCUGGCACGUUGUUGGUGUCUUCUCCAUCACCCCCGACUUGAAGAUCCUCUUCUUCGUCGUCCGCGCCCUCCAGGGCCUCUUCGUCGGCGUCCUCGUCUCAGGGUCCAUCAGCAUCCUCGGCCGCGUCUACAAGCCCGGCCUGCGCAAGAACCGCGUCUUCUCCGCCAUGGCCGCCUGCGCCCCCUUUGGCUUCUGGCUCGGUCUCCUCCAGGGCGGCGGGCUCGCAGACCACCUCAAGUGGGUGUACGGCAGCAACGCCAUCAUCUCCGGCGCCUUCAGCCUGGCCGCCUACCUCUCCAUCCCGAAUCUCCAGCCCGUGGCCGAUAAGCCGGGCCAGAAGGCCGUCUCCAUGCGCCAGUUCGACUACGUCGGUGCCGCCCUCGCCAUCACCGGCUGCGUGUGCCUCCUCUUCGGCCUCACGCAGGGCGCCGUUGUCCACUGGGCGCCCUACACGCUCGCCCUCAUCGGCGUCGGUGCCGCGGCCAUCGUCGGCCUCUUCGUCGCGGAGCGCUACGUCGCGCGGCCCAUGAUCCCCACUACCCUCUGGCAGGUCAAGGGCUUCAUGCCGCUCAUGCUGGCCUACUUCCUCGGCUUCGGCACCUUCUUCGGCGGCUGGCAGUUCUUCGCCGUCCAGUUCUGGCUGCGCAUCCAGGGUGCCGCGCCCAUGACCGUCGCCCUCUACUUCCUCCCCAACGCCAUCGUCGGCGUGCUGGCGACGUGGAUCGUCAGCCGCAUCCUGCACCUCGUCCCGGGACACUACAUCUACGCCACCUCGAUGAUCUGCUUCACCAUGGGCUCGGCCUUCUUCCUCCCGCAGACGCCGACGACCAGCUACUGGGCCCUCGGCCUGCCGGGCGUGGCGCUCGUGACCUUUGGCCCGGACUUGGCCUUCGCCGCCGCCUCCAUCUUCAUCACGAGCAGCGUCCCGCGGUCCUACCAGGGGAGCGCCGGCAGCCUGCUGGUCACGAACCAGAACCUCUCGGCGGCCAUCUUCACCAGCAUCGCCGAGGCCAUCGGGGGACGCGUCGAUGCUGGGCCCGAGGGGGAGAUUGGGCUCACGGGCCUGCGGGCGAUUUGGUGGUUCGCGCUCGCGAGCCAGCUGGUUGCAGCGCUGAUUACAAUCAUCUGGGUGAGGAUCCCCAAGGAGGAGGAGAAGGAGCAUGCCAAUUAA